AUGGCCCGCUUCAAAACCACGUGGGAGGACCUGGCACACUUGGGCUAUUCAAGGCUCGAUGUCUGGAACACUUUGAACAAGCAGCGGGGCGGCACCAUGCGGGGUCCGUUGGAUGGCGGCGUUGCCCUCAACGAAGGCAUCGCCCUGCAGUGGGCGUGGUACUGCUACAACGAUUUCAAGGGCCCCGCGGCGCCCAAGGAGCCCGUUUACCGGUCAGUCAGCGCGGACGAGGUCCUUUGGGAAUAUAAUAAUACAACCAAAGACCACGUCAAGGGCAAGUGGUCAGGAAGUUGGAAGAGUACGGAGCACAUCUCUGCUACUAUAACACGAAACGCCGGCAUACGCAUCAGCGGUGGCUUUGAUGUCCCAAACGCGUUCGACCGAGGGGUUGAUUUCCGGCUCUCGCAAGAUGAGCAGACGAAGGUCCAUGAAGAUGUCGUCAACUUCUCACACGAUUGGAGCGUGGUAGUCGAGCCGGGCCAGCAUCUGCGCCUUAUACGCAAGAAGACUACGAUGUCGGGAACCCAGGAAUUUCAAGUCCCGUACGGACUGGCAAAUACACCUGAGGAUAGAAUCGCAACCAAUGGACGACCGUGGAAUGAAUAUCUAAUUUUGCCCUACAGUUUGAACGCGACUUGUGAUACACCGUCAAAAGUGAUGCUAAUUACUUGCAUCCUGCGGAAGGAGGAGUACGUCCACGUCCUCCAGGAUAUUGCGGCCAACGACGUCGUUAGCGAAACACCUCUAUUUGUUGAAGAACCCGGAAGUAUUCAAGGACACUGA